AUGCUUCCCAUGACUACACUUGUUCAAUUCUCUAUCAAAUGCUCGCACUUGAAGCCCAAGUUCUUCAAUGACGGCAUAUACAAGAGACCCACUUUCCCUUUCUCUCGGAUACAAGCAAAGUUUGGUCCUUUUAAUGGGAAUAGCUUGAAACUGAGAGCAGGCAGGGAAAGCUUGUGCUUCUUGGGAGGUGCACUGUUUAAAAAUGGGGUUUUGUUGGAAGAGAAGGGGUACAAGAGGGAAAAGAGAGUGGUGGUGGUGAAGAAUAAUCAGGGUUUUGGCUUCAACGGUGGUGGUGGUGGUGGAAGAGAUGAUGGUGCCACUGCUAGGCUUUUGGGAAAUGUUGCUUUAGCUAUUGGACUGACUUACCUUUCUGUGACUGGACAACUUGGUUGGAUUUUGGAUGCUAUUGUCUCCAUUUGGGAAAUUCAUUUGUACACUACUGCAGAAGAAGAAAGCAACAAGAAAGAAUAA